UAUAUUAAGCUUGUAACAAGUCGAACCAGGUCACAGAGUACUUGAGCAUUUUGCAGCAAAACACACGACAAAAUAUAAGAUAUGGAUUUGAGGGUGAAGGUAGGAGGUCUGGAAGAUGUGGUACUUUCAGAGCCAGUGAGUCCGACAGGGCAAUACUUCAACAGCUCGGUGCUUUCUAUUUCUAUUCUUUGUGUCUUGGAGUUUGAGAACCCAUUUGAUGACUCUACAAGCCUAGCACUCGUUAACGAUGUCUUUCUUCCCAUUAACCCUCGUUUCUCUUCCAUUAUGGUGGAAGACAAACAGGGAGGGAAGCAGUGGAAGAGAGUAGAAGUGAAUGCGGAAGACCAUAUAAGAAUCCCUUGUUUUCCUGAAGGAUUAUCAACUGAAUCAUAUGAUCAUUGUUUCAAUGAUUACCUAUCAAAAAUGGCGAAAGAUCCAUUACCACAAACAAAGCCACUAUGGGAAAUUCAUAUCAUCAAGUACCCAACAAGCAAUGCGUCUGGAAACGUUGUUUUCAAGCUUCACCAUUCACUUGGUGAUGGUUACUCUCUUAUGUGUGCUCUUCUCUCUUGUCUGCAAAGGGCAGAUAAUCCUUCUCUACCAUUAACAUUGCCAAUUUUUCGGAACUCUCUCAAGCCAGAAAAAGUUCCUAAAAGCAUAAUUAGUCGUGUGCCACAGGUACUAAGUUGUGCAGUAAACACUGUUAUGGAUUUCGGUUGGAGCGUUUUAAAGAGCAGUUUUUUGGAAGAUAGAAGGAGCCCGAUACACUCCGGCAACAAAGGGGUGGAGUUCAAUCCCAUCAAUAUAACGACAAUCACAUUCUCUCUAGAUCAAAUCAAGCAAAUUAAGUCAUGCCUUCAUGUGACAAUAAAUGAUGUAAUUUGUGGAAUCAUCUUUCUGGGGACAAGAUUAUACAUGGAUGUAACGAGUGAAGAAGCAAAAAAUGAAAGCUCAACGGCCUUAGUGUUACUUAACACAAGAUAUAUUAAUGGUUUCAAGUCUCUCAAUGAGAUGUGUCAAAAUCAGGAAUCUAAAAGUCUAUGGGGAAACAAGUUUGCUUUCUUGCAUAUUUCAUUGCCACAACUUCACCAGUAUGAUGAGUCCUUGAAACCGCUCAAAUUUGUUCAGGAAAUACAAAGUAUCAUCAAAAGGAAGAGAAACUCAGCUGCUGUAUAUCUCACUGGAAUGCUACUAGAAUCAAUGAGAAAAUAUAGAGGUCCAGAGGCAGCAGCUCAAUAUGUUCACAACACGAUAAGGAAUCCAAGCAUGGCAGUGACAAAUAUGAUCGGACCAGUUGAAAAGAUGGCACUUUCGAAUCAACCUGUUAAAGGGUUGUAUUUCAUGGUCGUCAAUUCCCCACAGCUUGGGUUUUGCAUACUGAUUCUGCAGAGUCUAGUGGUGACGAUAAUGAGCUACAUGGACCAGUUGAGGGUUACUAUAGGAGCUGAGACAGGUUUCAUAGAUCCUGUGAAGUUUCGGACUUGCACUGAGAAGGCUUUCAGCAUGAUAUUCGAUGCUGCAAUGAAGUCUAAAUGACAUGAUAGUGAUUUCAAUCGGUGAUAUUCGUGAAUUUUGUACGUCACUUCAUGAAAAGAAUGUUGAUCUUCAUUACAACUUAUCUCAUUGGAUGAGGUAGGCCUAUACAUAAAUUACAAGACGGUAAUGUUUGGAUUGUUUAUUUAUGUGAUUAUGAUGUAAUUGUCAUGUUAAUCUUGUUAUAAUAUUUAUUGUUAAAUUCUCAUAUAAAUUUCAUUGUUGUUUUUGUAAUCAAUGAUAAAUGUUUAUUUUAAUGUUUUAUUGAAAUAAUUUGGUUA